UGAAGCGAGGGCAGUUUCCCAGACAUCCUGAGGGCAAGUCCGCCGACUUUCUCUCUCUUUCUGCACUGUCAUUUUACCACUUCGAGCCUACAAUAUGCUAAUGCAACUUAGUCUAGACUGUCCAUCACCUCAAUCGCGUCGCCCGAGACGACAGUCGACCUCCUCUUCCCCGUGGGCAAAUGAUUGGCCCACAGUCGUUUUACCUCAUGAACAUGUUCUCUCUUUCCAUGUCCAACCUCCACCUCCCCGGCACUUUUGGCGAGCUAAUCAACGACACGGCAGAAUAAGCAAGAGACGCCAGCGCCAGUGGGGAAGAAGCGCACCUCACACGGCAGCAGCUCGACGACAACACAUCCCGUUGCACCCGCUAUCCCCGCACAUCCUGCAGCGAUCCUGCCCCCAGAAACCUGCAAUACUCCGUACCAAAUAUGAUGUCCUUUCCUGAAAGCCCGCCUUGAGAGGGGAGAGAAGGUGUGGGCUUUGUUUGCCGGGCAACGACACGGGUUCUGAAGCUCUUUGAAAUACCAUAGGCGACAUGACCCAGACACCGAACUUCCAUUCUGCAUCACACUCCAAA